AUGACGCUCUUCAAUCCAACCUCGAUUCUCGUGGGGUUCCUUCUCCUUUACCUCUCGUCCUUUUUCAUCUUCGCUAUUGUUCGGAUCGCGACGGGUAUCUCUAUCCAGCGGAUUGGAUACUUCUCCCUACGUCGAAUCGCAUACGCACCGAAGGAAGGUCUACACAUUGAAAUCCGUGGCCUCGGAUUAUCGCUACACCCCCCGUCAUUCGCCCAGCCAACAUGGAUCAGCAUCCGAUUGACGGAAUUGAAGGUCACGGUGGACUCUUCCACCCUGGGGAAAGGGAAAAGCGAGGCCUCACGAGGAAUUUUGGAGUCCCCCGGUCCUACCAGCCCGUCCGAAGACAAACCUACACCUGCACCGAGCGAGAGAAGCGGAAGGAGCAAAACAUGGAGGACCCUGACGCGCAUUAAAGAACGCCUGAAGCGGCUGCACCGUCAAAUCAAUUGGUUGGCCCUGGUGGACUUGACUGCCAUCAAUACAACUGUGCAUUUUGUCGAAGCUGGCAUGAUUCAGGUGGGAUCGCUUUCACUAUCGGUCGAUACUCGGAGUAAGAUGGUGGAACGGGGCAAGCUAUUUCGUCGCAAGAAGGAUAUGUCGCAAGAACAACGCCCGGCCGAAUGGAUAAUGAACGUGCAGAAUGUGUUGCUCAAUGUCGACGGCCGAGAGCCAAUUGAAGUGUUGGAUACUGUGGGCGUGAACCUCCAUGGUCUUCUACACAAGGACUUGGACGGACUCAGGGAUGCAUCGGUGGCCUUGAAGAUUGGAAGGAUGCAUGUGCCAUACGACGAUCUUCGCACCAUGUUGCAACGCAUCAAACCGACCCAGGCACCUGAGAAAGGACCUGCAAGCGUGGAAACCGAUGACGAGAUGUCAUUUGCCGACUUUGUGGAGGAGCUUGACAAGCCUGGAAGCCGGGAUGAUUCCAUUGUUCAGACCGUGGCAGAUUCCAAGGAAUUUGCAAGCUCUCUGCUUCGUGGUAUUCAGGAGAUCCAGAUCGCUCUGAGUUUCGUCCGUGUCUCACAAAGCAUCCAGUCUCUGUCUGCAGGUCAAACCCCGGUUUAUCUGAAUGUCGUGUCACAUGAGCUUGGAAUUGAUCUUCAUCGGAUGGAUCACAAGAGUCCAGAGCAUCGCAUGUAUUUCCAGCGAAACGAUGUUGCCCAUCAAGCUCUUCUUGCUGCAAUCUCCCUUUCAGUCAGUUUAGACAACGAGUCGGGCGAGACGGAUAAUAUUCUAUACAUUCCUAUGGCUACGACAACUAUCAAAACUACACUGCCAUCGAAGACCGUGAGCGCCCUCGAUGAUGAGAACGCCGAAGAGCGGAACACGAAUGUUCUUUUCGCCAAUUUGGUCGUCACGUCACCCUCCGUCGACCUCCAGCCAAAGCACGUUUCCAGACUUCUUAAGAUGGCACAGGGCCGAGCCUCCUCUCCCCGAGGGAAGAAGCGAGAUAAUCAUCGUUUGAUUUCUCGGCUGCUCCCCAAGGCAAGCAUCAAACUUUCCGUUCACGAACCCGUGAUUCGUUUCGUUCUGCCGAUUGAAAAAGAGUCCGGCAUUCCCGAUGACUACAAUCUCCUCAUUUCCUCCAUCUCCUCCAUCUCACUCGAUAUCGAGUCCUCUCAUUCCUCCGAAGGUGGUGCCCACUACUCCCUUUCUUCCGUUUACCGAGUUGCCUCCCAUAAGUUUUAUUACCAAACUCCGACGGGCAACAAACACAACUUGCUCACAAACGAGAACAUGGAGCUCAAGGCACACUUGAACGCUACCCCCGAGGUCUGUGUCAUUGCUUCAGGAAGUUUGAACGAAUGCUCAGUACACAUGAUCGACGCAGAAGUGAAUCGUGGCAUUCGUGAAGUUUUGCAGCAGUUUAUCACCCAGAUGCAAUCUUCCAAGAGAGUCCCAAUGCCUGCAAACGAACGAAAAGUUAGUCCAUUGAGACGUGUGCCUCCUUGGCUGCUCCAAUUUCAAUUUGAAGCCACAGGGUUUAGUGUGGAGAUCGCUGGUGUGGACAGCACCGUUUCUGAUAUAUCUCGCGGUGUGUCUUUGCAAUUGCAAACAUGGACAGCCGACUACAAGGCUCAGAAAAUCGAGUCAAACAUCGGAAGCAUCUCCAGACGACGUACGCCAAGUCAUUCCACCAUCGGUGAUGAGUCGCCCUUUCGUUUCCCGCCUACCUCGCCCCCGAAGAGCACUCAACGCGGUGCUACGGAUGGUCGACGAUUGGCUAUCCACGCUCGCGGGUUUGACGGAUUUGUCAUUGAAUCAGAAGAUUAUUUAGAACCUGAGCCGUUCUUCUCCUUGCCACGAUUUGAGAUUGCCAUGAGCACCCACAGUGACCGCCUCGGACCGGUCCUGCACCUCACAUCAGUCUUUAAGGGCAUAUACCUGCAAUACUCAUUGUACCGGUUCUACUGCCUUGGUGUUGCAGUUUCGGUCAUCCAAAACGUGCUCACGCCUCUGCCAGACAAACAUACAGACUCAACCCAAGGCAAAUCCAAGGAAUAUGCCAGCAUAUCUAUGCCACCUCCUCCAGUUCACAAAUGGUCUCCAAGAAAAGAGCUUGUCACCUAUGAUGUCAAGGCUACGGUUGUUCAGCUCAAGGCAAACCUACCAAAUGACCCGCAGAUGAUGAUCCAGAUCUAUGGGCUUGCGGGUGCUUCUCAACGUCUUUCAACUCCUUAUAUCAAGGCCAAUCUUGUUCGCUUGCAUGCAGAGGCCCCUAAGCUCAAGGGCAUCUGGACACGAAUUGGCAUUAUGAAUAACGUCAGAUUAGACUUCCGCACGAAGAAAAUGAAGCAUGGCAAUACCCUGAUUGAAGAAAAGUCUAUCGAUCUAUGGACGGACUUCAUCCGAGUGGGCGUGCCUCAUCACAUGGUCAUGCAUCGCAUAUUUGAUAACUUGAUCAACACCUCUAAGGCUUUCAAACAAUUGCAUCAUCGCUUCAAGAACCGCUGCAAAGACUUUGUCUCUGUGAGAGAACCAGAAGAACCGAAAAAAGUUCCAAGAAUCUCCGUACGAAGCAAAGCACUGUUGUUUGAGCUGGAAGAUGACGGGUUUGAAUGGAAACUAGGCUGCAUCUAUCGAGUCGGUCUAAUUGAACAGGCUCAACGGGUAGCCCGGGAGGAUGCAUUCAACUUGAAAGCCCAGAAGGUCAGGGAAACUGAUCAGCGGCGCAACACAUCCCGGUUGCGAGCCAAAUCGAGCAGUCGGACGCUUCGCAGCGAGCGAACUAGCCAAGACACCAGGAGAAGCAGAAGCGCCGAGCCCCGACCCAGAUCCAGCGCACAGGAGCGUGGAAGGGGUCGGAAAUAUCGCUAUGACACUGAGGGUGCAACUUGUCUUUCAUCAGAACAAAAAGUUUCCACGGAUGCUGCCUGGGGCCGACUGCAGCAAUAUAAUGCUCAGGUCUGGAAAGAAAAGAUUGACGCAGCGCUCAAGUUCCAGGGGACUUCCAUCAAAGAAGUCAGGAAUCUUUUCUGUGGUGCAGAUGAGCCUCCUGCCGAUAUUAAAGAGACUGAGACUAUUCUCGCACUUCCCAACAGACCUGGGUUGAUGUCAGCUCUAAUUAGUGAUAUCAAUCUUGUCAUUGACAAGCCUUCCUUCGCUAUUGAUGAAUUCCCGGCAUUUAUCAACCGAAUCGGAAAGGGGAUGCCUAUGUCCAUGCAAUACGGCCUGCUCAUCCCGAUGAGCUUUAACCUUGAGAUGGGUGAGGCUCGUGUCAAUUUACGAGACUAUCCCCUGGACCUAUUGCACGUUCCAGCUUUACGCCCUGGACAGUCGCCGCGACUCCCCAGUUGGUCUCUGCGGACCAACUUUGUCAUUGCCGAAGAAUGGCGUGACCAUGAAUCCGCCAGACAGGUUGAGGUUGAACUUGUGCCUGCAUCCGAAGGAGCGGAUGGAGUUCUCCGGGAUUCGUACAAUAUCCCUGUCUGGCGUUCCGUCACCCCGGUCAAGACUUACUCUGAUCCUGUCAUUGAGAUCAACACAAGCUUGCCGACAAGCAUUUCAUGGGGUGUUUCAUACCAGCCUGUCAUUCAAGACAUGAUGAAGAUUAUCGAGGGCUUCACCAAGCCUGAAAUUGAUCCUUCUGAACGUGUUGGCUUCUGGGAUAAGAUCCGACUUAGCUUCCACUCUCGGAUCAGGGUUGUCUGGAAGGAAGACGGCGAUGUUCACCUACGCCUCAAGGGUUCCCGUGAUCCGUAUGUCGUGACAGGCUUUGGCAGCGGUUUCGUCAUGUGCUGGCGAAGGGAUGUCCAAUUGGAGAUCAAUGCCAGCGACAAUCCCAUGGAGUUCAUGAGCGUCACCAGUGGAGAAUAUGUGCUCGCUAUCCCCGACUACAGCACUGAAGCACGUUGGGCACAAGAAGCGACCACGGAAGAAUUACUGGAAAAUAGUUCUGCUUCCAGUGAGCAGAAGAACGCCGCUCACUUCAAGAAGGUUGUCAUGAAGUUAUCUGGCGACGUCAAAUGGGCAACUGGCUUGGUCUUCGAACGGGAUGUUGAGAACGAUUCACGGUCCUUCUCCUUCAAGCCACAUUACGAGGUCGUUCUCAAGAAUCCUAAAUACGUCGAUCCCGAACGUCGUGCAAAUUAUGAUGCCUACCGUGGCUUCCGCAGUGACCAUAUUCAUUUGUCUGUCUCGGUCAUUGCGCCACAUGGCAGAAACUGGUCUGUCGAUACUGUCCAGCCUUCUUCGAGCUAUAAUACCGUCCAUCUUACCCCAAGGUUCUUUACACACUUCUUCAAUUGGUGGUCUCUGUUCUCAGGUGUGAUGUCGCUUCCUGUUCGCCAGGGACCGCUUUGGCCAGGUAUCACAAAGACAAGCAAGAAGUUCAACCGUCACUUGGCAACUGUCAAAUAUAAACUUCUCCUUGCGCCCCUGUUUGUGGCUCACAUCUACAAGCACAAGGACCGCGAAGACUAUGCAGAGGAUGCUGUAAAGGCCACAGGUCUCAAGGUUCGCCUUGAUUGUCUGAAGCUCGAUAUUCACCAGCGCCGCGAACAAAUCAAGACUCAAGCCCGGGGUCGCUCAAAGCAGACUCGCACAAGUGCGAUGCGCAUCAAUCAAGCUCAAAUUGAUCUCCAGUCUGCGGACUUCCGCGCUGUUUCUGCCACUAUCGAAGGAACAUCAGCGGAAGACAUUGAGCGCAGCAAGAAUGAUAUCAUAUCUUCCUUCCAACGGCCUGUCCCAUCUGUUGACCUGUCUCGAUUUACUAUACCCGACCACAACCUCGACUGGGUUGACAUGGACGACUUCGUGGAACCAGACUGGAUUCUCCCACAAGAGUCAAACCCUCGUACCCACAUCUUGCCUCUCGCAUUUACCCCACGCUUCACCUACUUCCGUAACACAGACCACGGUGAUGUAGGACCCGAAGAAACGGGCUACAGUACCUUUGGAGAUGAACCAACCCACGAAUGUGUCAUGUCCGAAACCAACGAUCCUCGCCGCGUCCAGAUUGAGUUGGUCAAAGAUCGUCUCGCCACAGUCGAGGCACAAAUCCGCAACUUUGAACGUACCAUCGGAGAGCUAGAACUUAAGCUCAUGAAGGAUGUCGAUCAUGAUUCCAGUCUCAGGGAGGAGCAUGAAAUGUUCCUUCGCCAAGCCCAAUCUCUGGCCAGACGGCGCAAGUUCUUGACUUCAACUCUUAAUCGUCUCGAGAGACACAUUACACGAGAUGAGCGGUCAGCUAACAGCAAUGGCAAUAUGCUUGGCAGCAACGUGGCGCCGAGCAGCGCGUCUUUCCAGACUGGGCGCACAGGACAUGAUGCCGAUUCCACUACUGGUGGCCGUUCUUCAGGCUUAGACGGACUCUAUUCCUCCGGCAACGAUGAGUUUUCCAGUGAUUUCAACAAUCGUUUCAUGAUUCACAAUGUUCAGCUCAAGUGGAACAACUCGCUGCGGAAUAUCAUUUUGCGGUAUAGCCAUCAAGUGAGCCAGCGACGUGGAUUCGUGUACUACAUGUCUCGACGUGCUGUCAAGUUUAUUCUUGAUAUUGUGGAAGAACAGAACAAAAAUAAGCGCAAACAGCCAAAGAUGUCUAAGACGCAAACCCGGAGCGAGUGCGAUGACGACGAAGAGGAAGAUGUAGAUGAUCGCAUCGAACAGUUGCUGAAUGACGCCAAGCGCUAUGUCAAUGUCGAAGAGACUGAACCACCUGACUCGAACGCUCCAUCGCCUGCCAACUCGGACAAUUCAAGUGAGAAUAUUGCGGCCGAAUUUACUCCCCAGAAUAGUUAUCACUUGCGUCUCAUUGCGCCUCAAAUUCAGCUUCUCAGUGAAAAGAACAAGAAGUCAGUGUUGCUCGUGGCUGCCAAAGGAAUGGAACUCAAAGUCGUGUCUAUCAUGGACAAAGAACGUGUUUCAGAUGAUGUGAGUGGCUUGGUGCAGCGCCGUUUCUCUUUGGAAAUGGAUGGCGCCCAGUUCUUCGUUGCCACACAGAAAAACUUGAUGACCAACUUGCAAUUCUACGCUGGCAACAAGUAUGGCAACGCACCAGGUUCAGCGUGGCCCCCGUGGUUGACGCUGGAGGCCAUGUUCGAUUUCGAGCUGAAUCCAUUCGGGUUCUCUCGCAUCGUGCAGAAGACUUCUGCUACUCUGCGCUACGACAAGUACAACAAUCUGCGUCUGAAGUAUAACGAAGAGGUUGCCAAGGGCCAAGGGCCCCACACCGAUGAUCAAGAAGAUCGGAUCGACACGAUCAGCGUGGACUUCCCUCACUUCCGUGCGAUUUGCGAUUCUGCAGAGUAUUAUUCUAUGUACAUCAUUGUGCUGGAUCUCAUGCUCUACAGCGAACCGCUUGAGAAGGUCCGAAACGAGCGCCUCGAGAGGAUCAUGCUCACUUCCGACUUCAGUGAUCUUCGUGGUGCCCCCGAGAUGGUCUUCAAGCUUCAAGCACGCAUUCGCCAGUUGGAGGAGAUCAAGGAAUACUUCCAGAUCAAUGCUAAGUUCCUGGACAGACAGGGCUGGGAAGAUCGGUUGACCCUCGAACGUGACCUAUCUGAAUGCGAGGACGAGCUGUUCUUCAUGAUGAAGGCAAUUACCACUUCUCAACGGCGGAUGGAACCGAACAACUCCAGGAAUGGCGUUAAUGGCGUCCUGCGUUGGAGCAUCUCUGCCAGUGAAGUCGUGUGGCACUUGAUGAAGGAGGCGGCCGAGCCCUUGAUUGAGUUCCAGCUCAGAAAUGCUACAUAUGAACGAACCGACAACACCGACGGCUCGAACCACAAUUUGGUUGCUAUUGAGCGCCUGUUCGGAUUAAAUCUGCUUCCCGAUGCUAUCUAUCCUCAGAUUAUUGCACCUUACCUCGACGGGGCUCGCACGUUAGAUGACUUCAUGCUGCGCAUCAAAUGGCACAUGCUUGAGGCCGUGGCUGGUAUUCCAGUGGUUGACAAUUUCGAAGUUGCAUUGUUCCCGCUUAAGAUCCAGCUUGAACGUGAGCUUGGUCAGAAGGUUUUUGAAUACAUCUUCCCCAAUGUUGGCUCCACUGCCUUCGAGAAUGGUGGCUUCUCGCCUUUCAUGAUCAAGAAUAUGAAGCCAGUUGAUGGGUCUGAUGAGGAAGAUGACGACGAGAUUUCCAGUGGAACGCCUCUGACUCGCUCAACCAGUAUUGAUGGAGCAGAUACCUCCUCAAUGGACAGCCUUGCUAUUUCUAAGGGGCCUGGCGCCAUUGAGCUGAGACUCCAGCCUACGCUCUCGCUUUCGGAUGAAACCAAGUCGCGCAGUACUCGGUCGGGUCAUCUGAAGGGUCUUGCGAUGACACCGAUUGACAAGGACAAAGACAACAACCGACUUGGUGUAUCUGAAACCGCGCGCCAAAAUGGUCGCCCUUCGACUACUGGUGGUCUGAGCAAGAAGAAAUCUACCGAUAGUCUUGGAAUGUUGACCAAGCGAGCUACCGAAAGAUCUCUGUCUACUCACAGUGGCGGCGAAGAAAAUCGCAAGAAAUUCGGCAUAGGCAAGGGAUACAAUAAGGGUAACAAGUCCAAGGAACCUACCGAUGACCUGUCCCAGAUGAUAUCUCGCGCCUCGAACUACAUGACUCUCGCCCACGUCAAGGUCAACGACGUGGUUCUCUGCAUGAGCUACAAGGGCAAAGGCGAGCACAACCUCGAGGAUCUGCACGAUUUCGUCUUCCGCCUUCCAGUACUCGAGUACGGCAACAAAACAUGGUCGAACCUGGACCUCGCCCUGCGCCUAAAGAAGGAUGUCAUCAAGGCUCUCAUUUCGCAUGCCCCUGCUAUUCUUGGAAACAAAUUCUCUCACCACCGUCCCUCCAAACAGCAACAAAAGCGUUUCCGAGAACAAGCGUCCUCUUCUCAGCUCUUGCCGUAUGCGUCUAGCGGCAUGAAUCCGUCCAGUAGCAAAGCCCAAAGCUUGGCUAGCUAUGAUUCUACCAGUGAUUAUUCUGAAUCACGGUCGCGGAAGUCUAUGCAAUCCAAUACUUCGCCAUUGGCUAGAUCUACAUCUUUGAGCUCAGACGCUCGUGAUACGCAAGAUACGGAAUCAACUAUUCAUGAUUCGCAUUCGGCCAAUGAAGUGGAUGUGGAUUCUCGCUGGGAGGCAUCGCGUCGCUUUGUCAAUCCUCCCCCUCCAGAAAGGCCAAUGACUUCUGGCCACUUAUCUGUCGCUGGGUCGAGCAAGCAUGAUCAGGAUGAUAGCAAUAUCAAAACACUCCGCAGCAUCGGCCGAAAACUGACAUUCCGGAAGUGA